AGUUUCAGGUAGGUUAAUGUUUACUGCGACGAUUAUUAGCUGGUCAAAAUUCGGAGCCACUGCUAUUGCUACUUUAAGAUGGUAUGCAGUCCGUGCAACGAUAACGAAGGCACCGCAAAAUUCACAACUAAAACCUUUAUAUUUGGAUGUCCAAGCAACUACACCUAUGGAUCCACGCGUACUGGACGCUAUGAUACCGUAUAUGGUGAGUUCAUAUGGUAAUCCUCACAGUAAAACUCAUUUUUAUGGUUGGGAAGCUGAAGAAGCAGUUGAAAAAGCCCGCCUGCAGGUGGCAAAAUUAAUUGGAGCAGACUCACGUGAAGUUAUUUUUACGUCAGGUGCUACGGAAUCGAAUAACAUCGCUAUCAAAGGAGUAGCCAAUUUUUACAGAGAAACUGGGAAGAAUCAUUUGAUCACAGUGCAGACAGAACAUAAAUGCAUACUGGAUUCUUGUCGUUACUUGUCAACCAAGGGCUUCAAAGUGACUUAUUUACCCGUCCAGAGAAAUGGAAUAAUUAGUUUGAAGGAAUUAGAAAAUGCAAUUACAAAUGAAACCAUCCUUGUAUCUGUUAUGAUUCUCAACAAUGAAAUUGGUGUUAUACAGCCUACCAAAGAAAUUGGAAAAAUAUGUCGGGAAAAAAACGUGUUUUUUCAUUGCGAUGCAGCGCAGGCUGUUGGGAAAAUAUCGAUAGAUGUUAACGAUAUGAAUGUUGAUCUGAUGUCUAUCAGUGGCCAUAAAAUUUAUGGGCCAAAAGGCAUUGGAGCAAUUUAUGUUCGUCGGAGGCCUCGUGUUCGGCUGGAAGCGCAAAUGUCAGGAGGUGGGCAAGAGAGGGGCAUGCGGUCAGGAACUCUCCCAACACCGCUUGUUGUUGGCUUUGGCAAAGCUUGUGCCAUCGCAGCAGAAGAAAUGGAAAUGGACAAGAAACAUAUCGAUCGUCUAUCGAAGCGGUUAUUAGAUCGUAUAAAUUCUAAGUUAAGUCAUGUUGUACGAAAUGGUGAUCCAGAACAGACUUAUCAAGGCUGUCUGAAUCUUUCAUUUUCUUGCGUUGAAGGUGAAAGUUUGCUGAUGGCAUUGAAAAAUGUGGCGCUGUCAUCAGGCAGUGCAUGUACCAGUGCAUCGCUUGAACCUUCUUAUGUUCUUCGGGCAAUAGGGCCGAAGAAGACUUGGCGCAUUCUAGCAUCAGAUUUGGGAUUGGAAGGUUUACCACAGAAGAGGAAAUUGAUUAUACAGCCGAUCUUUGUAUCAAAGAAGUGGAACGACUAAGAGAAAUGAGUCCAUUAUGGGAAAUGAUCCAGGAAGGCACUGAUCUGAAGAGUAUAAAAUGGAGCCAGCACUAACUAUUGAUCUUAUUUGCGAUCAGUGUUUCGAUGUACAAUUCACUGGUUUUUAAAAAUAUUUUAUUGAAACAACAUCACUGCUUGGCUGUAACAAAAUCAAUGCAUUAUUUGCUUGGCAAUCUCUCCUGUACCUCACCAUGCGCCGCCAUUUAGCCGGUGGUUCUAUAAUUGUUCAGUUACCCAGAUAUGUAUACUUUUGCUUUGAAGAAAAAUAAUUGUACACAUUGACUCGGCAGUGCUUAAAUAGGAAGUGUUUAAUGGGACUUAUUUUGAG